AUAUUCGUUCUAAACAAGGACAAGAUAUCUAAAAGUAUAUAUAUCUUCAAGAUCAAUACAUUAAAAUAAUUCAUUUUUGAUCCAAUAUAAAGAUGGCAGAUAGCUGGUGGGAUUCAAGAACAAGGCCUGCUGCUUUGGAUACAGUUUCUGUCACCUCUAUGAAUCUUUUUCAAGAAACAACUGAAAGCACCACUACAACAUCCACCACGAGUGGCGGCGGCGGCGGCGUGUUGGGCAACAACCCAAGCUUACACAACAUGAUGGAAUUAGGUCUUUCAUCACAACCAAUAUCUCAGGCCUUGGAUUGGAAUCAAGCUUUAUAUCGUGGAGAUCAAAGAAAUGAUCUUAACCAAAGUGGUUACCAGGCCCUAAUUCAAGAAGAUCAAAGUUUGAGCUCAAACACAAGCAAUUAUCAAGAAACAACUCAAUGGAAAUCACAUAAAAUGUAUCCGGCGGAUUCAUCAUCAGAGUUUAAGCAGAUCAACGUUAGAGGUUUCCAUUUAGAUGAACGAGUGCCAUACAACGAAGAAAACGGAUUAAAUCCUAGCUUCCAAACAAUGGAUCAUUCGUACGGAAGUAAUUCUACAUUAAUACAAAGUUUAUUUGGUUCAGAUCAUAACACGAAUCAGCAACAAGAUUCGGGUUAUGAUCAAAACCAAGGAAUGAGUAAUUACUCUUAUCAAUCUAGCUACGGUGGCAUCAGCAUGUCAAGUGGUGGUGGUGUCGGGGGAGAUUACCCUCCUCCGCCGCCACCUCAAGAAUUCUCAGUGAAUUCACCAUCAAAAGUUCAACCACCGAAUAUUGCUACACCCCUACAAUUCUCCAACAACGCACGAUUUUGGAAUGCAUCGGCAACCUCCAUGAAUGAUGUUAGAUCAACUAGUUUUUUCCCUUUGCAAAUGCAAUCACCUUCAUCUACCAUUGAAGAUAAACCAAAGAAUCCCACACCAGAAAUGGUAAAGAAAAGCAAUAGCAAAUCAUCUACAACCAAAAGACCAAGAAAUGAAAACCCACCAUUGCCAGCUUUUAAGGUGAGAAAAGAGAAGAUGGGGGACAGAAUCACUGCACUCCAACAAUUAGUUUCACCUUUCGGAAAAACUGACACAGCAUCCGUGUUGUCUGAAGCUAUCGAAUACAUCAAAUUUCUCCAUGAACAAGUGAAUGUUCUAAGUACCCCAUACAUGAAAAAUGGAGCCGCGAUCAUGCAACAACAACAACAGGUAAUUUCGGAUAAAACAUCAGACGGAUCAAGACAAGAUCUAAGAAGUCGAGGGCUAUGUCUGGUACCGGUAUCAAGUACAUUUCCAGUUACACACGAAACAACAGUCGAUUUUUGGACACCAUCUUUUGGAGGGACUUUUCGAUGAGUGUGAAAGCACGUCGAAAGCUAGCUAGCAUUUGUUCAUGGGGGCCAGUGGCGAUCAUCAAAUUAAAGGAAUUAGUUCUUAAUUAGCAAUAAACAACUACGUACGAAUAUCUUGUAGAAGAGAAAGUAAAGAAAAAAAGAUAUGAAUCUUUAAAAAUGUUGGGCCAGCUACAAGCAAAAUGAUGCAGCUAGCUUUGCCAAUGUUCUUAAUUGGUUAAAGGUGUCCAUCUUUUGUACAUAAAAUUGAGUAUUUGUAAUAAUUGUAACAUUAAUAAUGAUUAAUUAA